AUGGCCGCUCAGCUUCAAGCGUUACUGCGCUUCCUCUCGCAAGAUGCCAAAGUCCCGCUCGCAUCUGCAAUGGGCAAGAUCAAAGACCUUCAAGCAGCCGGACUCCAGAACGUGGACGAUAUAUCAACCUCAAAUCUGGAGACUUUACAAUCUAUCUUUAAGGAUGGCAAAAUCGCAAAGCAAGUUCACAAUGCAGCGAAACGAGUGGCUAAGGAAGGGGUCCAGAAACGCGGAGCGUCAGAUGACGGCCAGGCCACAACAGACAAGUCAUCCUCAACAACUAAGAAGAUGAAAUUUUCCAAUGAAUCUGGAGGAAAUCGUACACCCUACGAAAUUGAAUACUCCCUCACCCUUCCCAUAACCUCUGAACCUGAAGAAGUCCUCUCCAAAACCAUCCUCAAAACUAACCGUGCUCCACUCGUCCUCGCCUUUGCAGUUGCAGUGACAAAAUACACUAUGCCCGAACAACCGCUCUCCAGUCGACUAAGCCUAGCUCAGACGGUUGUUAGUGCGAAUAGUCGUAGUAAAGCCAUUAGUUUGGGGAUUGAGUCAUCUGCUGCUGCUGUUGAUGAAGAAGGGAAAGGUCAACCUACAGUCAGGGUUUUGGGUAGAGAGAUUUCGGUGUUGAAGAGGUGGGAUUAUGAUCCUGAUGAGGGUCGGCCUGAAGGGGAUGACGCGGUAGAUGAAAUAUUGUCUAACUCCACGACAAAUACCGGGCUGCCUCCGCUUUGGGGUCUUGAUCUCGAGGCUUUGAGGAAACGGGAUAGUGUCAGCGCCAAGGGAAAUCCAGGUUAUCGGUCGACAUCGAAUCUUCCAAUACACACUCCGGAAGUAGCUCGGUCGUACUUACUCAAAUCUUUCACGAUGAUGAAAGAAAUAGACGACAAUACAGAAAAAGCCGACACCUCCAAGAAAAAAAAACCUAGAGAAUCUACUGCCGAGAAGGAGAGAUGCCUAGGCCUAUUACUUCAAGUAUUGGAUAUAUUGUUUUCCUCCUGGGCUUCAACACUGUCGGCAGAAGAACUUGAUAGACGGGCUUGGACUUGGUAUGUACGCGUACGACCCGAGGUUCAAGCAGGAGUUGCGGGAUGGGGUGAGAAGGGGAGGUUAAAUCUCGCUGAUAUACUGUCUUUGAAGCGGUGAUCAAUCUUUACAGGUUGAUAGUG